UGCUGUGUUGGGUGUACGGGACACAUCAUUUGGGAACAGCUCCUCAUUGGAUUUCAGCAGCUGGAGAGAAGAGAGUAUGACCAUGUACAGGUUGGGCUCUUCAGAGUUCAAAGUAUGAAGCUUUGAUGACCGGACAGGAUCUGCUAGAAGCUAGAACUGGGUGCACAGGUUGAGAAAUUUUUAGAUCACAGUGACAGAUUUAAGGAAAACAGAAGCAACCUUAUGGAGGUCAGGGUGACCCAGGACACGUUCCUUCCUUUCCAGGAGCAGACACAGAGUGGUCAGCCCUCUACUGCAUGCAGCAAUACUAGCGCAUUGUUACCCUCACCACCACUCCCCUCCAAUCCUCUCAAACCGGGACAGGGUGGCUAUAGGAAGGUGUGCCGUACAGAGGAAGCCAGCCCUUCCCCCUUCCCAGGGUUGGCGGCAGGGGUGCUGGAGAUGAGGGUCAAAGAGGGCAGCAAGAUCCGUAACCUGAUGGGUUUUGCCAUGGCCCGCAUGCAAGGGCAGAAUGGGGUGGACGGCGGAAAGGGGCUGAGGCAGAUCGUGUUUGCGGGGUCAGGUCGGGCUGUCACCAAGACCAUCACGUGCGCAGAGAUCAUGAAGCGCAAGGUGACGGGGCUGCACCAGAUGACCAAGCUGCACUACAAGGGUGUGCACGAGGUAUGGGAGAGCCAUGAGGACGGGGGCUCAGAGAUGUCAGUGCACAGAACCGUCCCUUCCAUCAGCAUACUCCUCUCCAAAGACCCCCUCGACCCCAAGGAGCCUGGCUAUCAGCCCCCUGCCAUACUUAGUGCACUUUGGGACACUUCACCCCAGGAGGAGCAGGAAGGUGGUGGCAUCCCCCAGACAGCAGGCAAGAGAUCCUACAGCAGCCCACAGUACCCCAGCCAUGCUGAUUCCAAGAAAGCUUGUCUGACAUGGGGCUCUUUUAAACAGCUGUGUUGACUGACUGAACUCUCUGGAGACAAGGCAAGACAGGGAUCAUUGAUGUUCAUGAUGCUCAGUACACCACA